CAAACACAGCGGCUAAAAGUCCAAGACUACCAAGGGAAUCGCAUCCCUGUUCGAGGGACGACAUCCGUCCGCGUCGAGUACGGACCACACAAGAAAACCCUGCCCAUCACGAUAGUCGAAGGGAACCUGCCAAGCUUGUUGGGACUAGACUGGUUCCGAGCAUUGGGCAUGGGAGUGACUGGCAUCUACAGAAAUGACUUUAACCUAAAGGACACACUCAUGGACGAAUUCGAAGAUGUUUUCAAGGACUGCCUGGGCAAGUACAAGGGGACCCCUAUUUCUUUCAAUUUAGACCCCCAGGUAGCACCCAUACGGUUAAAAGCAAGGAGGGUCCCUUUUGCCCUUAAACCCAAGAUUGACAGGGAGAUAGACAAACUCAUCAGUCAGGGGAUACUAGUGCCAGUCGAUCACACAAAGUGGGAGACGCCAAUCGUCACCCCAGUGAAACCAGAUGGGUCAGUUAGAAUCUGCGCUGACUACAAGGCAACGUUAAACAAAGCCUUGCAAAAAAGCGCUUACCCGGUCCCCGUGGUGCAACACUUGCUGCACUCGCUGGGGCAAGGGCACGUUUUUGCCAAAUUAGAUUUGGCCCAAGCCUAUCAACAACUGCCUGUAGACGCCAACACAGCCGAAGCCCAGACAAUUGUGACUCACAGAGGUGCUUUCAAGUGUACCCGGUUACAGUUUGGGGUGAGUGUGGCACCUGGUCUAUUUCAAAAUUUAAUGGAGCGACUUCUGCAAGGGCUCCCGGGGGUAGUCCCCUAUUUUGAUGAUGUAUUGGUAUCAGCCGAAAAUUUAGAAGAAUUGGGGGAGCGUUUGAGAAAAGUUUUGGGCAUUUUCCGGUCAGCCGGUCUAAAGGUUAAAGUGAACAAAUGCCAAAUAGGGGUAGAAUCCGUAGAGUUCUUGGGCUACAGAAUAGACAAGGAAGGAAUCCACCCCACUGAGAGCAAGGUCAAGGCAAUAAGAAAGGCUCCAGCGCCCAAAAACAAAACAGAGCUACAGGCAUUCCUGGGUCUAGUGAACUUUUACGCGGUCUUUUUGAAAAAUAAGGCAACCGUUGCCGAGCCGCUACAUAAGGCUUUCGAGGCAGUAAAAAACCUACUCUCGAGCGAUAGCUUACUGAUCCAGUAUCAUAGCACAAUGCCAUUGGUAUUAGUUUGCGAUGCUUCCCCUUACGGGGUGGGUGCUGUGCUCAGCCACAGGCUUCCAAAUGGCACAGAAGCCCCAAUAGCCUUCUACUCCAGAACGAUGUCCUCGACAGAGAGGAACUAUAGUCAGUUGGAUAAGGAAGCUCUAGCUAUAGUGUCAGGGGUAAAAAAGUUUCACGAAUACGUUUUUGGUAGAGACUUUGAAAUUGUUACAGACCACAGACCACUGUUAGGGUUACUGGCUGGCGACCGCCCAACGCCUGUGGCACUUUCGCCCCGAUUGACCCGAUGGACUAUCUUUUUAGCCGCCUACUCCUAUAAACUGCGGCAUCGGCCAGGAAAAGAGUUGGGGCAUGCGGACGCGUUAAAGGGUGGCCGCUGCGCGGGCGAGCGUUUUAAAGAGUUUGUAAAGAAACGUGGGGAACUUUCGGCUCAAGGGGGGUGCCUGCUAUGGGGGGAUCGAGUGGUGAUCCCAGAGAAAUUGAGGAAAAGGGUGUUGGAUCUCCUCCACGAGGGUCACCCAGGGAUCGUGAGGAUGAAGGGUCUAGCGAGAAGCUAUGUGUGGUGGCCUUUAAUGGACUCGGAAAUUGCUGAAAGGGUAGGGAAAUGCCAGGCCUGCCAGGAGUCCAGACCGCUACCCCCAACGGCCCCGGUUCGGGAAUGGGAGAGACCCCAAGGGCCCUGGUCUAGAAUCCACAUUGACUUUGCCGGCCCCUUCCACGGCCAAACCUUUCUGGUAGUAGUCGAUGCCUACUCCAAAUGGCUGGAAAUCAUUCUCAUGAGAUCCAUGACAGCCGAGGCCGUGAUCUCAGUUCUACGGCACCUAUUUGUAACCCAUGGGUUGCCCGACACGUUAGUAUCCGAUAAUGGCCCGCAAUUCACGGCAACCCAGUUUGAGGAGUACUUGGCAGAAGAGGGCAUCCGGCAUGCCCUCUCGGCGCCUUUCCACCCUGCGACGAAUGGCCUUGCAGAGCGCUUCAUCCGGCGUGCAAAAGAGGCAUUGUCCAGACUCAAGCCAGGCGACUGGCAAACAAAAAUCGAUGUUUUCCUGGCCGUCCAACACAGAACCCCCUGUGUCACAACCGGCAGAAGUCCAGCAGAUUUAUUAAUGGGCCGAAAGCUCAGGUGCCCACUAGACCGUUUAAAUCCAAACUAUACACCGGAGGGUUACAAGGGGGGACUCGAAAAAACAAGAGGGAUGGACAUAGGCGACCGAGUGUGGGCACACAACUAUGGUGAAGGCCCGACCUGGGUAGCAGGAAAAAUCCUAAACAUAACAGGUCCAAAAUCAUACUUGGUGGAGAUAAAGGACGGCCGGGUAUGGAGGCGCCACAUAGACCAAAUAAGAAAACGCAUAGCCGAACAAUCCGAAUUAGACGAAACAGGCCCUGACUAUACAACGUUUGAAUCCACAGCUGACUCAAACCCGGGGAGUAGAUUUCAUCCUGUAGCCAUGAUGUCUGAUAACUACGGUGAAGCACUGAUGGAGCUACACAUCAAGAGUUUGAGAAGAUGCUCAUUUGGGGAGUAG